ACCAAAGACUGUGAUAAAUUUACUUCACAAAUGGGAUAUAUAACAGACAGCAGUUCACAAGAGGAAAAAGAUUUCCCAAUAGCGUUCGGAAUUUUGGUUUUUAAGGAUUUGGAUCAAGUUGAGCGACUACUUAGAGCCAUUUACAGACCUCAUAAUGUACAUUGUAUUCAUAUAGACUCUAAAUCGUCCAUAGAAUUUUACAUGGCUUUAAAAUCCAUCGUGUCUUGUCUUCCUAAUGUGUGGAUCGCCUCCAAACACGUGGACGUCCGCUGGGGAACGUUUACAGUUUUAGAGCCAGAAAUCGUGUGCCUAAGAGAACUAUACGCCCAUAAAACAAAAUGGCGUUAUUAUAUCAACUUGACAGGACAAGAAUUUCCGUUAAAAACUAAUUAUGAAUUAGUCAAGAUACUGAAAUCUUAUCAAGGAGCUAAUGAUAUACUUGGAAAAGAAAAUGGUAUGAAUCCAGACCGAGUAGAUCCUAAAAACCCACCACCACAUAACAUCAAGGUGUGUAAAGGAUCUGUCCACAUGACAGCAUCACGAGCAUUCAUACAUUAUGUUUUAUUUAACCAAACAGCCCAAGAUUUGUUAGAAUGGAGUAAAACUAUGUUGGUUCCAGAUGAAAGUUUUUUCACGUCUUUGAACAAUAAUCCACAUUUAAAAGUUCCCGGUUCUUAUAUAGGUAAGUAUUUGAAUGUCAAGCGGUUCAAUCAUAUGAGAUAUACUAGAAAUUUUAAACGAAGUGUGUGUAUUUUUGGAAUGGCUGAUUUACCAAUACUUACUAUAAGGCCUGAAUUAUUCGCUAAUAAAUUCCAUUACGAGUUUGAGCCCUUGGCGUAUGACUGUUUAGAA